GCGCGCCGCGUCAGGAGGGGCGGGUAAAGGCGGGGCCUGCUCUGUCGUGACGCCGCCGCCGCUGACAGGGACCCGGAACUGCUGAAGCGGCCGAGGCCCUGGGCGGGAGCGAGCGACGGCCGGCCUGGGCCAUGGCGUCGAUGGGGAUGCCGGACGCGAAUUUCCUGUGGGGAGUCUUCCAGAGGGUGGACAAGGACCGCAGCGGGGUGAUCUCGGACGGCGAGCUGCAGCAGGCGCUCUCCAACGGAACAUGGACUCCAUUUAACCCAGCAACAGUCAGAUCUAUUUUAUCCAUGUUUGACAGAGAAAACAAAGGUGGUGUGAACUUCAAUGAAUUCACUGGCGUCUGGAAGUACAUCUCAGACUGGCAGAAUGUUUUUCGCACGUAUGAUAGAGACAAUUCUGGAAUGAUUGACAAACAUGAAUUAAAGCAAGCACUAACAGGUUUUGGCUAUCGACUGUCUGAUCAAUUCUAUGAUCUCCUUAUUCAGAAGUUUGACAGACAGAGAAGAGGGCAAGUGGCUUUUGAUGACUUCAUUCAGUGCUGUGUUGUCUUGCAGAAAUGGACAGAUGUCUUCAGACGCUAUGAUACUGAUCAGGAUGGAUGGAUUCAAGUGUCUUAUGAACAGUACCUUUCUAUGGUCUUCAGUGUUGUAUGACUGCAAAUACUGUCUCCAUAGGAUAUGGACUGAGUAUGCCAAUUUCCUCACACGCUAUCAAAAAAGGCUAUCUUCUCAUUUUAAACAUUGUAUACAGACCAGUUAGAAAUAUAAGUUUGCUAAUUACCUCUUUAAAAAUUAUGGCCAUACUAGCUGCUGCUGUAAAAUUUCAGCACUAUCAUGUUAAAUGUUUUUCAAAACGUGCAUAAAUUCUCAAUGCCAAACUAAUAGUGCUCAGACUUGCACAAUAUUGCAUGUGCCUUUUUUUACAGAGACUAUUAAACCAGAUCAGUCUAGAACUCUGUCCUGUGUUUAUAACAAG